AUGCACCGCUCCCUGCUCCAUGAUCGAGGCGGUUUCAGUACGGAGACGAGCUUAGCUGUGGCGGGACGGACAUUCAACAUUGCAGAGCAUGCGGUCCAGACCCCUUCUUCUCAGCAUGCCGACAUUUGGUGUUCCGGCUGCAGUGCCUCUUCAACGCCACCAGAUGCCAAGGGUCGGACGAGCCUGCAAAUUUUGGACGAGCGGCGUUGCUUGACUCGUUCGGGCUGCGCUAUGCUCCAUUCCGAGGUCCACAGCGAGAGGAUUAGCCGAAUACCACCUCGAGCCAACAUGCACACCUCGUAG